UGCGCUUCAGCUUUCUUCAGCGCACUGUUGUUGUUGACUGCAGAGUGACACACAGAGAGGAGUUUCCUUCUAAAAGCUUUUUCACAGUUUCUUCUGUCCUCCCAGACCUACCUGCUUCGGAUAGAACACCCCUGCGCCAACUCACCUUUGAACACCAGGUCCCCGAGAGACUGAAACGGGGGAAACAGUGGAUCUGCCAAAAUGUUUAAAAAGAAGACAACGAAGUCUGCUGUUACGCCAAAAACGGUCCAGAACAGCGAGCUCACAGAGGUGAUCGAGAAGUUGCAGAGGCAUGCCGACCAGGUGGAGAAAAACAUCAUCGACACCGAGGACAAACUGCAGAAGGAUGUUAAUAAUAAAAUGGAUGGAAGGGCUCAGCUGUACCAUGACGACACCAGCAAAAGAAUCGGAAACUCAGAGGAUCUGCUGAAGGGGCUGGGGCUCGAUGCAGUCAGCGCCAGACGCCUCGGUCACCCGCAGGCUGAGAUGAUUGAAGAAGAUAUCAAGCAGCUGAAGGAGAGGGUAAGGAAACUGCGUCUGGAGCACGAGAGGGUUUACAACGCGUCUCGCUCGGAGAGCCUCCCCAACAUCAACUGGGGGAAGAUCAUUGAGGAGAAGCAGAUGAACCUGAAUAACAAAGGCUUUGGAAAUGAUCUGCCCUUGGUUGACAACCAAGUGGACGAGCACAACAUUUUCCACAGUGAAGUGGAGGCCAUCGGGCCCCACAUUACUCAGCAAGGAGACCAGGAAUACAUCAGUGGCCUGCAAGUGAAAUACAACAAACUCCUGAACAACUCCCAGACGCGUCAGCGGGACCUAAACAGCCUGCGCGAUUACAUGCAGCGCUGCACCAACGAGCUCUACUGGAUGGACCAGCAGGGACAGGAGCGUAUCAACUACGACUGGAGUGACAGGAACCUGGACUACCCGACCCGACACAAGCAGUACGAGAAUUUUAUUAACAGAAGUCUUGAAGCCAAAGAGGCAAGUAUCACGAAGCUCCAUGAAGAUGGAGAGAAGCUUCUGGCAGCGAACCACCCAGGCAGCAAUGCCAUCGAGGCUCACACUGAGGCGGUGCAUGCAGACUGGAAGGAAUACCUCAACCUGCUUAUCUGCGAGGAGAAGCACCUGAAAUACAUGGAUGAUUACCACAAAUAUCACAAGGAUGCAAAGGACACUCAGGAUCUACUGAAGAAACUGGAGACGGACCUGAGCCAGAAAUACAACCCUGAAUUUAAAGACAUCUACCAGACGCAGGCCCUGAUCGAGGAUUUGGAUGAUCAGUCCAAGGCUCUGGAUCAGUAUGACGAGGCAGUGAAGGCUCUGCAGAAGCGCAGCCAGCAGGUGGUGCCCCUGAAGUACCGUCGAGAGACGCCUCUGAAACCCGUCCCUGUGGAGGCGCUCUGCGAAUACGACUCCGAGGAGGGUCAGAUUGCCCGCGGAGAGAGGUACACUCUCCUCAAGAACAGCGGGGUGAAGUGGGAUGUCUCUGAUGCUGCUGGACGUAAAAUGAGCGCCCCCGCAGUGUGCUUCAUGAUUCCACCUACAGACCCCGAGGCCCUCGCCAUUGCAGACAACCUGGCUAACCAGCACAAGAGCAUCAAGAAGAAGAACGCCAGCACCAAAGCUGCCCUCAUGAAGCGCUACGAAGAGCUCAAGAAAGAGAACACUGGAGGGUCUGUGUCGAUUGCAGAUAAACAGGAGCAGCAGUGUCGUCAGCUGAUGUCUGGAUUAGACAAAGUGUACAGUGACCUGGACAAGCAGGAGAAGGAGAUCUACUCUCGCCUGCGGCCUCCGCUGGACCAGAGCCACCCAGUCCAGGACAGCGCAGAGCGCCUGCAGGACCUGAAGAUGAUAGAGAGCACUGUUCGUCGUAUUGAGCCUGAAAAGACCUCGAAGCUACGUGAUGCCCAGGCCUUCCUUGCAACCAGCCCCAAGUGUGCCAGCGCUCCACAACUCUACAGCAAAGUAGAUGAAACUGUCAACAAGUACGACAAGGUGGACCUGCUGCUGCGUUCUGCAGAAGACAAGUUUGAGGCUUCAAACCGUCUUGAGAAUACUCUGCAUAAAGGAAAAAACAUGUUGUCAACUUAUGAGAAUAAACUUGCCAGGGAAGAAAUCGCCCCAAGCGACCUGAGAUCACUGGAGAACACGCAACAAGAGCUGUCUGAAAUAAGCCGGGAGCUGAAAUCCCAGAGAUCUAUAAUCACUGAAGCAGAACAGAACCUCCGAUCUACCAAGGCAAACUGUGAUAACCUAGCGAGCAGGCUCCAGGAACACUGCCCUGAUAUUGACCGUCAGGAGGCGGAGGUGCGGAAAAUGAACAAGAGAUACGACAACCUGAACAAGCAGAUUGACAGCAGAUCGCAGGAUCUACAAACAGCCAAGACUGCCUACGGUAACUACCGCAGUGAGUACGACAGCCUCAACAGUUGGCUCACCAGAGUGCCAAACUACGAACCAAGGGAAACUGACGACAUCAGACAAAUUGAGACCAAACUGGCAAAUCAAAGAAAUCUACUUACAGAUAUCUCUAGGAAAGAGUUUGAACUGGAGAACGUUUCAAGGAACUCUCAGCUGUACCAACAAGCUGUCAAGAAUUAUGAAUUGGAAGCUGACAAAUUUAAAUCCAUUCUUGACCUUGAAGAUGGAAUAACCACACAGACAUACAAGAAACACAAACUUGAGUCCCCAGCGAUCAAAGUCAAGAACGAGGAAUCUGCUCUUGGAGCCAAAUUUACUGAAGUAAAUGCUGUAAACAAACAGAGACUGCAAAACCUGGAAUUUGCCCAAAGUCUGGUGAAUCAGCAACCUGAGGUAUCUGUUAUGCAACAGAACAGUGUUCAGACUCAAAUGGCACAGGCUCCUGGGGAACAGCCCUGGAGGAUUAAGAAACAGCUAGAAGAUGAGGUUCAACGCAGACAACAACUGGAAAAUGAAGUCAAGAACACCCAGGGUGAAAUUUACCUCCUGGAGGGCCAGAGACCUCAAGACACGGUGGUCAAGAAGGAAGUGAUCAAGAAAGUUCCUGAUCCCCAGCUGGAUGAUGAGUUCUACAAAUACCAGCAAAGAGUCUCGGAGGAGCAGAGGCUGACCCGAGCCCUGGAGAAUGAGCUGGAGGCACUUCGACUCAAACUGCGCGGCUUCGAAACUGAAAAGAGAGAAGGAGCGCAGCAAUAUGUGGUCAAAGAAGUCCUCCGCAUUGAAAAGGAUAGGGUGCAAGAAGAUGAGGUACAAAGGCUGAGGGAAGAGUUGGAGGAGAUCAGGAGGCAGAAGACAGUCAAGGAGAAUGAACUUACUCUUAUUCGGAAACGCAUUACAAUUGUAAGUGAGGAGAAAAACAAGGAACAGGAAAUAAUAACUGAGAAGGAACUGGUUAAGAUUCAAAAUGAUCCACAACUGGAGAGCGAGUACAGAAUGCUUAUAGAUAAUAAACAAAAAGAAAUGGAAUCCAGGAAGAGACUGGAGGAGGAACUCCAACUUCUUCAGGAUAAACUCAAGCGGCUGGAGAAGGAGAAGGCCAUGGCUGAGGAGAAGAUCACGAUUAAAGAAGUAUUAAAGGUGGAGAAGGACCUUGCCUUGGAAAGAGAAGUAGAGCAGCUCAGGCAUCAAUAUGAAGCUGAAAAAGCCAAGAGCAUGUCCACUCAAAGAGAACAAAGUGACCUGCUGAGGAAGAUUACCCUUCUCGAGGAAGCAAAAUCAAAAACAGUCACUCAGGAAAAGAUGCGGGAGAUUGUAAGACCUGACCCGAAAGCUGAAAGUGAGUUGGGCAGGCUUCGUUUCGAAUUGGUUGAACAGCAGAGAAGAAGCAGAGAUGCAGAACUGCAGCUGAAGACCCUUUGUGAUGAGCUGACAAUGUUGAGGAACAGAGGUCCCCAAAUAGAGUACAAGGAAAUGAUUAAGGAGGUCAUCAAGUACAAGACAGACCCAGAAACUGAGAGAGAGCUUGAAAAACUCAGGAACGAAAUUGUUGACAAAACACGCCAAACUGAAAGGUCGGAGUUAGAAAUUGCGCAACUCAGAGAAGACAUUCAGAGGUGGAAAGAAACCAAACCCCAGGUGACGGUAAAGGAGGUUGUCAAUGAGGUUGUGCAGUACCGUGAAGAUCCAAAAACUAGAGAGGAGGUAGAAUCCCUUAAGAUUAAGCUUGCAGAAGAACAGAGAAUGAGAAUGGAACUGGAAAGAGAAAGGUCUGCCAAUGAAGAAAAGAUCAAACUGAAAAAGAUAGACCUUUCUGAGGUUAGGGAAAAGUUUGUCCAACAAGAAGUUGUGAAGAUGGAAGAAGACCCAAUUCUGAAAUCAGAAUGCACCACAUUCUCUCAGAACAUUAAUAAUGAACAGAAGCAGAAGGAGGUCCUCAAAAAUGAGCUGUACGUACUUCAGCGCCGCAAGACCGAUUUGGAGCAGCAGCUGGAAGAUCUUGAGCGCGAGCGAAAAGCCCGACGUGAAGCUGAGCUUGAAAUUCAGAGGCUGAGAGUCCAACUCAAUGAGCUGGAGAUCAGAGAAAAGCAGACCAGAGAGAAGGUGACUGUAAAGCAGAAGGUGGUCCUUCAACAAGAUCCCCAGCAAGAAAAAGAAUACUCGCUUCUCAAACUGGAAGUGGAGGAAGAGAAGCAUAAGCGUAUUCUGCUUGAAAAGGAGCUUCAGACUUUGAUUGAAAAACAGAUGACCCUGGAGAAGAUGGAAGUUCGGGAGAAAGUGGUGUUCUCUGAAAAAGUUCAAGUGGAAAAAGAUCCUGAAGCGGAAUUCGAGAUUGAGAGACUCAAGAUCAGCCUGGAAGAAGAGUCCAAGCGCAGACGUGAGCUUGAUGUGGAGCUGAGUCGUCUCAAUUCAAAAUUAUCUGAAGCAGAAUUUUCCAACACUAAAUACUCAAAGGAGCUAGACUACAUACGAGAAGAAAAUCUGAAACUGCAACAGGAGAAGGUGAGGCUACAAAACGAGGCCAGGAGACUUCAGUCAGAUAUCCAAAUUACUGUUAAAGAAACUAAAGAGAUUACAGAAUCUUCUUCGUUGGACAACGGAAGGAACCUGGAGCUAAGGCUGAUGUCACUGCAGAAGGAGCUUGCCGAACUAAAGAACAUAACACAUGAGAAAGAUCAAGAAAUCCAAAAACUGAACAAGAGUAUGUCUACAAUAAAAACCAAGAGGGAGCAAAGAGAGAGCCACUUGCGGCGCUCUAUUGUAGUCAUAGAUCCAGACACAGGAAGGGAGAUGACCCCAGAAGAGGCCCACAGGGAGGGUCUCAUUGACUGGAAAAUGUUUGUCAACCUUCAGAGCCAGGAAUGUGACUGGGAGGAGAUCUCGGUCAAGGGUCCCAAUGGAGAGUCUACAGUCCUUCAUGACAGAAAAUCCGGCAAGAAGUUCUCUAUUGAAGACGCCUUACAGAACCAUGUAAUUACAAAAAACCAGCUGAGGCGGUAUCAGAACAAGGAAUUAUCAAUCCAGGAGUUUGGGCUCAUGGUAUCUGGUCGUGCCAAAUAAAACAUACUCAAGGUAGUAAUGAAUCUUCAGGAGGAGCUCUACAAGAUGGCUGCAUCUCCCCCAACUCUUCCUAAAGCCUAUGUCCUUACAUGAACUUAUUCCAAAAAAGGCAGACCUUAUUUAAGUAACGCACACAAAAAGCACCUACAGAACUGCUCCAAGCAACAACGAACGGACAUGUUUUAUUGUUUUUCUUCUUCUGGACGUUGGCUUGUUUUAUAUUGGAGGGUUUAAAUGUGAAAAUUAAGUCUGCAGGACAAGAAAAUGUAAACUUUAAAAAAAAUGUAUAUCCAAAGAUUAAAUGUUAGCAAUAAAAGCGUUAUUGGGGUGACCUGUAACUGGAAAUUUAAAUUAGCCAAUACAUUACCCCUCUAUUUCUAUAUCUACAUCGUUUAAUAUUUUAAGAACUAUCUAAAAAAAAUAAUUACACAUAACUAACAAAUGCAUCUUUUUUCCUUGACACAACAUUCUGAUACAUGUGUUGUGUAUAACUAAAUGAGCUUACCAUGGAUUUAUAUAUAUAUAUAUAUAUAAAAUAUAAUAUAAUAUAAUUAUAUACCCCUUUUCCACUGGCACAUCCCAUAUGGGUCCGGGUGCUUUUCCACUGGCUAUUUGUCGAGCUGAGCAAGAACCAAACUGUGAAACUUUGGCCUCACAGCACAUCUGAAUCUGGCUAGGAGCCGAUCAGGGCCAGGGGCAGGGUUAAUGAUUUUCGUCACUGUACACUGGAGGAAAAUGAACACGGUGUGCAGAGAGUCGAGGAGAGAAAGUACAGCCUAGUGAGGAAGUAUCUUGCUCUUCUGAUCCAAAUAACUGCUGUCUGUGAGAAGCAUCCAAAUGACUGCUUUCCCUUUGCGUAAUUGCAUUUUAGUUGUAUUCUGUAAUAUAUGAAGAACGAAAAUAAAAUAAAAAAACACAACCCUAACCUCUGGCUCCGCCCUUGUGGCUCAGGUGUACAGUGGAAAAGAAGUCAAACGUACCUACUAGGGACAACAGGCAGAGAAACUGCCUUAAUUGCCAAUGUAUUUAUGCAUGUAGUUCUGUUAGUCUGGUACAAUGUCUUGCUACUUAAUGCAUACACUCUACCUUCAUUAUGUUGCAUUUUCCCUUUAUUUUUUAAAAUAUCUGUACAAGGAGAGGGAAUGUUUAAGGGAUUUAUUUUGUUUUAUUUGUACACAACUUCAAUAAAAUAUUGUGGUGGUUGUAAA